CCACACAAGGGCGCGCGCACGCCCGCCCGCUGACUGACUUCCCCUUUCUGUGGUUCUGCGCCUGCGCGGUGCACCUCGAACUGAGAGAAGGAGCCGUGCAUGAGCCGCGGUACCGCGCCGUUAUCAUAACAGAACCGAGCCGCAGUAUGCGGGCUUCUCCCCCGCGCCGUCCGCCGAGCCUGCCCGCAGCCUGACGGAGCAGGCCGGAGCCUGGCCGUCCGUCCGCCGGCACACCGACAGACAAAGCGGGGCGACGAGAUGAGACUGCCGCCGCCCGCCGACGGUGCUGCGGCGGAAACGGAGCCCAAUUAACGGAAUCUGAACCGAGCGCGCGCGACAGCCGACAGCCCCUGCGACUGAGGUGUUGCUCUGCCGCCGGGAGGGGGGGUGGAGGCUCGGUUAUGUCCUCCGCGUCCCUUCUGUACCUGGAAGACUGAACCCAGGGCAAAAAGAGGCCAAGAGCGGAGACAACAGCCCGGAGCCUCAGAGUUUAGAUGUAAGUGAAAGCUCAGCAUGACAGCUCAAAGCUGGACCUGCCUCUCCAUGCCCGCCACCCUGGUCCUGGUCCACAUCCUGGUCCUGGCUCGCUCCGCAUCAGCCGCACGCUCCGACAGGAACCUGGUGCUGGAGGAGAAUGUGGACGCCACUGUCAACGCCACUGUGCUGGACGCUCGAGGAAACACCGUGCACGUGAUGAGCAGAGACGAUGGCACGUACGGACAGAACUCCCCCAAGGUGGAUGCCAGGGGUGUCGUCAUCGCGCCCUCCCCACAUCACGGAGUUGUGGACCGCCAGGGCUGCGAUCCGAACACCCACUUCCUGGUUCCUCCUCGGACUGUCCACUGGGUGGCGCUGCUACAGAGAGGCAACUGUACCUUUAAAGAGAAGAUCAUGAAGGCUGCUGCCUACAACGCCACAGCUGUCCUCAUCUACAACAACUCCACAGAGAAAACUGUCAAGAUGGGUCAUGAAGGUACUGGAGACAUCGUAGCGGUGAUGAUCACUGAUGCAUAUGGAAAGGAGAUCCUUGCACACCUGGAGCGUAACCUCACAGUCCUGGUUUCUGUAGUUGUGGGUCAGCGCAGUUCCACCAAGAACAUCAACCGCGGCUCAUUGGUCUUCGUCUCAAUCUCCUUCAUUGUCCUCAUGAUCAUCUCUUCAGCCUGGCUCAUCUUCUAUUUCAUCCAGAAGAUACGUUACAGCAGCGCCCGUGACCGCAGCCAGCGUCGCCUCGGAGAUGCAGCCAAGAAAGCCAUCGGGAAGUUGACCACAAGGACAGUCAAGAAAGGAGACAAGGAGACGGAUCCGGACUUUAACCACUGCGCGGUGUGCAUUGAAGCGUACCAGCUGAACGAUGUGGUUCGGAUCCUGCCAUGCAAACAUGUCUUCCACAAAGUCUGCGUAGACCCCUGGUUGAACGAACACUGCACCUGCCCGAUGUGCAAACUCAACAUCCUGAAAGCCCUGGGCAUCAUGACGACCCUCCCGUGCAUGGACAGCGUCGUCUUGGACGUGGAGCGUCUGGGUGUCAAUCAGCCUUCUGGUAGCCAGAGGGCGCCGCUGAGCGACAACAUGCAGCCCUCCAUCAGCCUGGAGCCACUCAGCCCGCCCUACUAUGUGGCCACGCCCAGAACUCCUGCUGACAUCACAGUUGCUGUCACAGGUAGCGGAAACUUCUUCAACCGGAACUCCGUGUCUGGCCGCAGCGUCGUGUCAGAAAUGGAGCUGCCAGACAUCCAGGCCUCACUGGACCUCUACGAGGAUAACAAGUCCUGAGACCCGCUAUCGGGCGACCAGCACCAGACUGUAGGCCUAUGUGGACACAGGACCAACCUGUUUGCUGGUCAUGUGGUGUACGGGGAAGUUAAAAAAAACCAAGCUGGUUUUGGAUCUGUAAUUCCCACCAGACUUUUUUCUUGGUGCAGACACAGUUUGCUGGAUUCUCGUGACAGUUUCGCCCCACCGAUGUUUUUCUUUAUUUUGUUUCAAAAACUGAUCUCUGAAAGCUCAAAGAGGAGAGGCACAGAGUCCAGAACCACCAGAACCUAAGCAACCAAAUCUGGCCCUCAGUUCCAGCUCCAGAACAUUGUGAGAAAUGCUUUUGCCUGGACAGCUGAGGUACUUUAAAAACUCUCUAAAUAUCGUGAAAUAUUGGAGCUGCUUUUGCGUUCUCAGAGCCGUUCUUCUGUUUGCAUCUCUCCAUAAAUGUCUGGACUUUUAACAGAGAAACUCUGAAGGUUUUCACUGCAUUUUCAGGGUUUCUGGUCUUGUGUUUAGACUCGCUGGAACUGGAUGUUUUGGCCAAAGUAACUGCAGUCCAGAAGGAGUUCUGGGACGUUUCUUAUGCCGAUGGAGAAUUUUCUGCCUUUCUAAAAUUCUUUGGACUUUGAAGGUUGUUUGUUUGAGAGGUUUGUUCAAGAAAAUGAAAACUUCUCUUUUUAUCGUUUAAAUCAUAUUUAAGGAGAACAUGGCUUCCUAAAGCUGCUGUUGCUGACGAUGGUACCAAAAUGACUUCUGGAGUCCUGGAGAAUUUUCUUGAGUUUAAUAUGUUCUGUUUCUGUCUUCUGGAAACACUUCUAUGGACUUGUCUAGUUCACAGAAGUGUCCCCAGCCUUUACACGGGUCCUCUUCUGCUUUUAAAAUUCUCCUCCUGGAAAACAAGUCCAAGGUUGUGUGGCUGAAAAUGGAGCAGUUCAAUCAGAACCUCAGCAGAAAUCUGAGCCCAGACAAAAUCUAUCCAUGUUUUCCGGUGUUCUGUGUUGAGCUGGAAUCAGCCUGAACUCCCGACUGCCUGAGGAGGGAUGGGUGGUUCCAUGAUUAACAUCAGUCUGCUGUAAACACUGACUUCCUUAUCUGUACAUACCAAGUGAGCUUGUUCUUCCUAUUCACAUGGGAACCAGAACCAGAACCAGAGGGGGUCUGGACAAAGAUCUGGAUGAAGUAUUGACAUAAUCUUUAUCAGUGUUAACUCCCAACAAGGAGAACAGGUUGUAGAAAUGGAGAGACUUAGAUUUAAAGGGACAGUCCAGCAUUUCAGGAAACCUGUCGUUUGUAGAUGUGGAGUUCCUCAGGGUGCCAUUCUGGGCUCUCAGGCUUCGUAUAGAUGCAACAAAAGCCUGUCCCAUCCUCAUUCUCCUCCAUAAGUAAUGAAGCUGCCAGACGUUCAGGAUGUUCUCGGUCAUUUCUAAAGAUCUUUGAGCUCUGAGGAAAUCAGAACUCCUCAGCUAAACUUAAACAGAGCUUCACACUGCAGCUUUAUAGAAGCAGAGGAUAGAAAACGAUCCCUGAGCGAGAUGGGAUGAAGGCAGGCCUAUAGACUGCGGUCCACUCGCUGGACUCCCCUCUUCAGAUACAGACCCCCUCCCCAUGGCAGAACUCCCGGUGAUGGAGCCAAGAGAAGAUCCUGCUGACGUUUGGCUGGUCCUCGGCGUGUUCGGGUUUCUGCAGGUCUCCUGAAGUAACAGACUGCUCCUUCCAACUGUAUUAAACUGCUUCUAAAUUAACCUGCAUAUUAUAAUCCAUAUAAAAUUGCUAUACAAUCUAUAAUCCUUCAACUGAAUACUAUCUCUGAAGUGACCUGAAGAUGUCUGGAGGGACACUCGGCUGCUGUCCUCGUCUGUCCGUGCUUGUCUCUGUGUGGAGCCAUGAUGAUGAUGAUGAUGAUGAAGCUAUCAGUCACUGGGUCUUUAUUCGGCAUCGAGUGUCACCAACUGUUAUUAAAGCGUCCUCAUUGUGUUUAA